AUGGGGACAUCAAUUGCAGAACUCCACAAACUCUUGACGCCGAAGCUUCCUGAAUCUCGGCGUGACACACGCCCUCUUGAGCUUGGCAAGAUGGAGUCUGAACUUCAAUCCCAGAUCCCUGGCCUCGACCAGAUCAUCACCGAAUACUCAGUGGGCUACCUGACCCAUGCCGCAAACCUCUACGUCGACGAUGCCAGUGGCGAGUCCCCAUUGUCAGAGGCCGCCGAAUCCGUGACCGAGCUCCUAGUCUCCGCUUCUGGAGAUUUCUCCCCGCAAAACUACGAAGCGAUCGGCAACUUGGUUACGAGGUUCAUCACCACGCUGAGCUCUUCCGAUGGCGAUUCGGAACGGAGGCAAAUGCCCUUCAAGGCCAAGAAGCUUGAACAGACCAUCAAUGUCGGCGCACAGCGGAACAUGUCCUCGACACUGGGUCUCACUGGAAACACUGUCGACUUAGAAUCUGCCAAUGCCAGAAAGAUGGAGUCCAAGGUGGACAAGAAGAAGCUUGAGAAGGCCGAGCGCAAGAUUCGCGCCAAGCAGGACAAGAAGUCCAUGAAGAACGUUACCUACGAGGCGUCCCGUCUGCUCAACCAGCCAGAUGAGGCCAUGUCCUACGAGGAGUUCUUCAUGGCUGUCAACCCUCUCCAAUUGGGCUCGGACUCCCAGGCCAAGAGUAAGGACAUCAAGUUGGAUAACAUCGAUAUCUCGAUUAGUGGCCUGCGCAUUCUUACAGAUGCUGCCUUCACACUCGCUUAUGGUCGUCGUUACGGUCUUGUUGGUCAGAACGGUAUCGGUAAAUCUACACUUUUGCGUGCUUUGAGUCGCAGAGAAAUCCCUAUUCCGACCCACGUUUCUAUUCUCCACGUUGAGCAAGAGAUCACCGGUGACGAUACACCAGCUUUGCAAGCAGUGCUGGAUGCCGAUGUGUGGCGGAAACAUCUUCUCUCGGAGCAAGCGAAAAUCUCGAAACAACUGGCAGCCAUCGAAGAAGAAAGAUCUUCAUUGGCGGAUACUUCGAAGGAUGCUGCUAGACUCGACGAGGAGCGAGAGGGCCUGGACAUCACGUUAAGUGAUAUUCAUGGAAAGCUUUCAGAAAUGGAGUCUGAUAAGGCCGAAUCCCGCGCGGCCAGUAUCUUGGCUGGUCUUGGUUUCUCCCAAGAGCGUCAGCAGUACGCCACCAAGACCUUCUCCGGAGGUUGGAGAAUGCGUUUGUCUCUCGCACGAGCUCUAUUCUGCGAGCCUGAUUUGCUUUUGCUCGACGAACCGUCUAACAUGUUGGACGUUCCGUCCAUUACUUUCCUUUCUAAUUACCUCCAGGGAUACCCUAGCACAGUCCUUGUGGUUUCUCACGAUCGUGCAUUCUUGAACGAAGUCGCCACGGAUAUUAUCCACCAGCACUCCGAGAGGUUGGACUACUACAGAGGAGCUAACUUCGAAUCCUUCUAUGCAACCAAGGAGGAGCGCCGGAAGACUGCUAAGCGCGAAUACGAGAAGCAAAUGGGCGAGAGAGCACACUUGCAAGCAUUCAUUGAUAAGUUCCGAUACAACGCUGCCAAGUCCUCUGAGGCACAAUCGAGAAUCAAGAAGCUUGAGCGCAUGCCAGUUCUUGAAGCUCCAGAGGCCGAGUACACCGUGCACUUUGCAUUCCCCGGAGUCGAGAAGCUUUCACCACCCAUUGUCCAGAUGUCCGACGUUUGCUUCGGUUACACCAAGGACAAGCCUCUUCUCAGGGAUGUCGAUCUGGAUGUUCAACUUGAUUCGCGUAUUGGAAUUGUCGGACCUAACGGUGCUGGUAAGACCACAGUUCUGAAACUACUCACUAACCAGCUUGAGCCAACAAGCGGUCUUAUCUCCACAAACUCGAGACUGCGCAUUGGAUUCUUUGCCCAACAUCACGUGGAUGCUUUGGACAUGACUACCAGUGCAGUCGGCUUCAUGACCAAGACAUACCCCGGUAAAACUGACGAGGAGUACCGACGACACCUGGGAGCCUUCGGUAUCACUGGUACAACCGGUCUCCAACGCAUGGAACUGCUGUCUGGAGGUCAGAAAUCUCGUGUUGCAUUUGCUUGCUUGUCCUUGACCAAUCCUCACAUCCUUGUUCUUGACGAACCUUCCAAUCACUUGGAUAUCGAGGGUAUGGAUGCUCUAUCAGAUGCACUCCGGGUGUUCGAGGGAGGUGUGGUGAUGGUUUCUCACGAUGUUACCAUGUUGCAGAAUGUCUGCACCAGUCUCUGGGUUUGCGACGGCGGUACUGUUCACAAGUUCGACGGCACCGUCAACGCCUACAAGAAGAGGAUCACCGCACAGGCUGAUGCUGCCGAUGAUACUUCAGGGCUAGAGCUAGAAAAGCCCGAAGACAUGACGGGCGCAGAUGAGCAAGAACAAUCGGGUCCCCAUGCCCCUUUGCUCGCCUCAUCACACGCCUCUUCGGAUCACGAUGACAAUGGCCACGAUGAGAGCCUGGCCUCUGAGCUGGAAUACUCAGGAGGGUGGUUUAUAUGGGCGUUGACCUUCUCCGCUGGGAUAAGCGGUCUACUAUUUGGAUAUGACACAGGUGUUAUCUCGUCUACUUUGGUGACCAUCGGGUCAGAUCUUUCGGGCCGGACAUUAACAACACUGGACAAAAGCCUCAUUACAUCAUGCACUAGCCUGUUUGCGUUGAUCGCGAGCCCAUUCACCGGAGUACUAGCGGACAAGUUUGGUCGUCGGAAGGUCAUACUUGGUGCAGAUCUGUUGUUUGCAGUUGGAGCUUUGGUACAGGCCUUCACAAGCCAGGUUUGGGGUAUGAUUCUUGGGCGCAGUAUUGUUGGCCUUGCUGUUGGUAGCGCGAGUGCAGUGACCCCAUUGUAUAUCUCCGAGUUGGCUCCUUCGCACGCAAGAGGAAGACUUGUCACAAUCCUUAGCUUGUUCAUCACCGGUGGGCAGGUAGUGGCAUACAUAGUUGGGUGGCUGUUUUCUAGUACAACUGGAGGCUGGCGGUGGAUUGUGGGAAUCGGGGCAUUCCCGGCCUUCUUCCAGCUUGCUAUUCUCGCUCUGCUACCCGAAACACCUCGAUGGCUGGUCCAGGCUGGAUUCGAUGCCCGGGCGAAGACAGUCCUGACCAAGAUAUACCAGGAUUGCCCUGGCUGUGACCAGGUGGUGGAACAUGUCUUGCGCAAUAUUAAUGGAGAAAUUGUCCAAGAGGCAUCGGAGCUGGGACAAACUAAGGCUCGUGGCACAAGGCCCCAGUGGUUACAUGAUACCAUUCAACGGGGUCAGCAGUUGCUGCAUGGUGGAAACAGAAGAGCAUUGACUAUAGCGAUGAUGCUCCAGGCGGUCCAACAGCUUUGCGGAUUCAAUAGCCUGAUGUACUUUUCGGCCACAAUUUUCUCCUCCCUUUCGUUCUCCUCGCCGACACUUACAUCACUCUCGGUGGCUAUGACGAACUUCCUCUUCACGCUGCUUGCAUUCGUGCUGAUUGACAGGAUCGGUCGCCGGCGCAUUCUCCUGUAUUCAAUCCCUGUCAUGGUUGUUGCGCUGGUCGUUUGUGCUUUCUCGUUUUCCUCAAUGAACGACAAAUGGAAUUCACAACCAGCUGACCGUCAAGAAAACGAUGAUAAUGCUAGUUCUCUUGUGCCCCUCGCGAUUUUGCUCUGUCUUACUGUCUAUACCGCAGCAUAUGCUCUCGGACUCGGAAAUGUCCCCUGGCAGCAGUCUGAACUCUUUCCUCUGAAUGUACGCUCCCUGGGAUCAGGACUGGCCACUGCAACUAACUGGGGAUCGAACUUUAUCAUUGGUCUGACUUUCUUGCCUAUGAUGGAAUGGAUAUCACCCUCGUGGACGUUUGCUCUCUAUGCACUCGUUUGUGUGGUCGGGUGGGUUGGUGUAUGGGCGAUUUACCCUGAGAUGAGUGGACUUGGCCUUGAGGAAGUGAAGGGUUUAUUGGCAGAUGGAUGGGGAAUCCUCCAGGAUAUUGCAUGCUAUCUCCCCAGUGACCGUGAUAUUCUCAAUCUCUCUCUAUCCUGCAAAGAGACGUGGAGCAAGGUUUUCGAAUCAGAGUCCGCCAUCUGGCGAUAUCGCUUUGGUAAACACUAUGACAUUGUCCCGGGAAGACCCUCUAGGGAGUUGAAGAUUGAAUACCAGAUCCGCGCUAUUGUGCUGAGCUCUCCGAUUCAAUUCAAAGAAGAAGAAGAUGAUCGUCAAUAUCUCUGGAUGGAGGUCAUGCAGACUAUGCUCGAGGAGUCUCUGAAACUAUCCAUCGCCCCUGGAGCAACCUCGAAGACCUUGGAACGUAUACAUGAGACCCUCAAAGGGGUAAAUUUCCUAAGCGAGUUUCAAAAAGGACGAACUUCGUCGCAACUCUUUUAUGCUCUCCAGCUGGGCCUAAGUUCAUUUGCUCUCGACCCAACAAUCACCGAGCCCUGUCGUCGAACCGACUACGACAUCAAACAGGUCUACUCUUAUGCUGAAAAAGUGGGCAAGGCAUUUAUCGACCACGAGAACCUUGACCUCGCCAAAUUGCUGAGCCUGCGCAAUUUCUGGCAGCGACACUUCCUGAACGCUUCCGAGUUUACCUACCAAGAGUCCUUCUCUGGGCUGCCUGCAGAGCUGAGACCCAGGGCGCGAAAGGAUAUUCCAAACGAGGUAUCUAAACUAAGCCCAUCGUGGCUAGGAUACUAUUCGUGCAUGCAUCCGCUGUCAGAUCUGCUGAAGAUCAACGAACGCCAGACAUGCGCUGAUCUCGAGACACACAGCGACGGACUGGACGUAAUGACCCUCGAUCUCCAACCCUCCUCCGAAAAGUUCUGGCCCAAGCAAUGCAGCAAGAUUAUCCCCCUGGCUGGUAGUCCCAAUACUAAGCGGACAUAUUUCGAUGGCAAGCAGAGAGCCUAUGGUGGCGCCUAUGAGGUAGGAAACCCUGUUUUCGGGUUUACCGAAGAGAUUGCUAUCCCACAUGGUGGAGUUGGAGGAUGGACCCGGAUCUGCUUUACUAUCGUUGAAGGAGAUGAGGAGGAAGAGGAAAAGUCACCCUCUCUCAUAAUGGACGGCGAGGGCUGGAUCCAUGGCUAUGAGGCCAUCAUUAUCCCCGGUGGGUGCAUGAUGCUGGGACGGUGGAUGGACAUGAAGGAGCCAGAGGCCAGGGGGCCAUUCAUCUUCUGGGACGUGUGA